AUCGAAGGAGGCUGGAACGAGGGAGGCAAGGGUCCGUCCAUCAUGGACGUGCAUUUCCAGAAAGGAUCGGGCUUCUCUGGACAUACGGGAGACGUAACGUGUGACAGUUAUAAUAAGUACCGAGAAGACGUCCGUAUCCUGUCGGAACUGGGCGUCUCCCACUACCGCUUCUCUCUCUCCUGGCCCCGCCUCUUCCCGGACGGCACCAGGGACUCCCUCAACCCCGACGGUGUCCGCUACUACAACAGCCUCAUCGACGAGCUGCUUGCGCACAACAUCGUGCCGUUUGUCACCCUGUACCACUGGGACCUUCCGCUUGCACUGGAGAAGAAAUACAAGGGAUGGCUGGGGGACGAGAUCAUAGAACUGUUUAACGAUUACGCGAGGUUCUGUUUCUCGGAGUUCGGGGAUCGCGUCAAGCACUGGGUGACUUUUAACGAGCCGUGGUCGCACGCAGUGGUGUGCAGUAUGGUCGGGAUGCUGCCUCACGUCAGAGAUAGGGGCAGAGAGGGGACUUACGCGUGCGCGCACAACUUCAUCAGAGCGCACGGCAGGGCGUGGCACACCUACGACAAGGAGUUCAGGGCGAAGCAGGGGGGGAAGCUGGGCAUCACUCUGAGCUGCACAUGGGCCGAGCCGAAGAACCCUGACAGCCAGGCAGACGCCGCGGCAGUAGAACGGUUCCUCCAGUUCCACAUGGGCUGGUUCGCGCACCCCAUCUUCCUCAACGGGGACUACCCUGACGUCAUGAAGGAAUACGUCGCGAAGAGGAGCGCGGAGGAAGGACUGGCAAAGUCACGCCUCCCAGAAUUCACUACCGAAGAGAAGGCCAUGCUGAAAGGUACGGCAGACUUCCUGGGGCUGAACUACUACACCGCGCGGCUGACGUCUGCCCUCUCGGCGGAAGGCUUGUCGAAGCCCGACCUGCUAGACGAGGAGGACGGUGACGUUCACGUGGGGACCCACCCGGACUGGCCCGCGCCGGGGAUCUUCUUCAUCAACGUGGUGCCGUGGGGAUUCAGAAAGGUGCUGAACUACAUGCAGAACCGGUACCAGGUGCCUCUGAUCUACGUGACGGAGAACGGCUAUCACGAAGAACACAAGGGGGAGGUGCAGUACGACAUGAAGGACGCCAGGAGGAGCUGCUAUCACGCCGCACACAUCAACGAACUCAGGAAAGCUAUCGUGCAUGACGGUGUGAACGUGCAGAGCUACACGGUGUGGUGCCUGAUGGACAAUCUGGAGUGGGACUCCGGCUUCUCCCAGCGGAUGGGGCUGUACCACGUGGACUUCACCGAUCCGGACAGGAAAAGGACACCCAAAGAGUCUGCCGGCUUCUACCGUGACGUCAUCAAGAACAACGGAUUUCCAGAGGGAGCACCAAUCACGAACCAAGUCCUGGAAUGGUGGAAGAAAAGAGCACAACAACAGAAAAACUCGUCUUCAUCAUAGAUGGAAAUUAGUAAUGUUUGACAUUUUGAAUAUACGUAUCAAUAGCAAAUCCCAUGCGCGAAGUACUAACAUGCAUACAUAGUACCAAUACAUUAACAUGAUAACACAUUAACAUAUACUAUGUACAUACGUGUGUAUGCAAAUUUGUAUCGUUUGGAACAGCAUCUAUAAGCAGCCCCACCUAUGCUGCAGUACAAUGUGAACCAGUCAGAAUUGCCCUGAGGAAGGUGAUAGACGGUCACCGAAACGUCGCGACGCGUACGGUUGAAUAAAACACAUGUUGUCUUUGUGUACACAGAAACAGCGAACGAAGUCUAGAAGUUGCUCUGUUAAUAAUACAAAACGCCCCCCCCCCAAAAAAAAACUACUCAGCAGACAAUCUCACUUUCCUAACCCUUCUCCCCGAAUGCCAGGAUUUUAUGAGUUGUCUGAUAGGAGUCUGACAGGAGUUGUGCGAUAAACAUUGUCCAUGUAGUUUAUAUUGAAACCAGUUUCUAUAUAAACUACAUGGACCAAAAUCGGACGUUCUUAUAGUUUAUUUACGUAUGGAUAAAAUACAACCAAUAAAUGCAAUGUCACGCAUUUACUGA